CAAACAACACGCUUUUAUGAGCUGGCAGUUGUUGUCAGACAGACAAAAGGCACUCUGUGGAUGCGUCUGAUUAAAAUGCCCUAAGAGCAAAUAAAAACAUGCUCUUCUUAAGAGUCUGCAGACUGCUUCCUACUAUGUCAGUGUCACUGGCAUUACCAAGACGCGGAGUUAUCAGUCGCAGGAUGGCUUCAGACCCGUCGGAGAUGACCCGGUUUGACUUUCUGGUGAUCGGCGGUGGAUCUGGAGGUCUGGCCGGAGCUCGGCGGGCGGCGGAGCUCGGAGCGGCUACCGCCGUGAUCGAGAGUCACAAACUCGGAGGUACCUGCGUCAAUGUUGGCUGCGUCCCUAAAAAGGUUAUGUGGAAUGCAGCAGUUCAUGCCGAAUAUCUGCACGAUCACAGUGAUUACGGCUUUGAAACUGGAGAUGUUCGUUUCAGUUGGGAAACUCUUAAAGCCAAGAGGGAUGCGUAUGUCAGUCACCUAAAUCGCAUUUAUCGCAACAAUCUUGACAAAGCUAAAAUCCAAAGCAUUCAAGGUUAUGCCAGGUUUACAAAUGAUCCCGAGCCGACUGUGGAAGUCAAUGGAAGAAAAUACACGGCGCCUCACAUCCUCAUCGCCACUGGAGGGCAACCCUCUGUUCUGAGUGAUACAGAAGUUCCAGGGGCGAGUCUGGGCAUUACCAGUGAUGGCUUCUUUGAGCUUGAAACCCUGCCAAAACGCAGUGUGGUUGUUGGUGCUGGUUAUAUUGCAGUUGAGAUGGCAGGCAUUCUCUCCACCCUGGGGUCCAAAACAUCCCUUAUUAUUCGGCAGACAGGAGUUUUGAGGAACUUUGACUCCUUUAUAAGCACAAACUGCACCAAAGAACUGCAAAACUCUGGUGUAGAUGUGUGGAAGAACUCUCAGGUGAAGUCCGUGAGUAAAACAGACAGGGGGCUGGAGGUGACGGUGGUCACCAAAGACCCAGAGAAGAAGAAUGACGAGGAGAAGAUCAGCACCAUCCAGGAAGUGGACUGCCUUCUCUGGGCCAUCGGCAGGCAGCCCAACACAGCUGGACUGAACAUCGGCGGCAUGGGUGUGGAUACAGAUGAAAGAGGCCACAUCAUUGUGGAUGAGUUUCAGAACACCAGUCGAUCGGGGAUCUACGCUGUCGGGGAUGUUUGUGGCAGAGCUCUUCUCACACCUGUUGCCAUCGCCGCAGGACGAAAGCUGGCGCACAGACUGUUUGAAGGAAAGAAGGACUCCAAGUUGGACUACGCCUGUAUUCCCACUGUGGUGUUCAGCCACCCACCCAUCGGCACUGUGGGCCUCACAGAGGAGGAGGCCAUUAAAACGAGAGGGAAGGAGAAUGUGAAAAUCUACAGGACUUCUUUCACUCCCAUGUAUCACGCCAUCACCAGCAGGAAGAGUCAGUGCAUCAUGAAGCUGGUGUGUGUGGGCAAGGAGGAGAAGGUGGUGGGGCUGCACAUGCAGGGCCUGGGCUGUGACGAGAUGCUACAAGGAUUUGCCGUGGCCAUCAAAAUGGGUGCUACCAAAGCAGACUUUGACAAGACAGUCGCCAUUCACCCCACAUCAUCUGAGGAGUUUGUCACGAUGCGUUAAUGCAAACCCCCCCCCACACACACACACACACACACACACACACACACACACACACACACACCAUCCUCCGCCCCUUGAGUCCCUAUACGACCAGCAACCCAGACAAACAUACCAGGACAGAGUCACUCCUCUAAUCUACUCUCGCAUCAGCUUGACGACUUGCUUUAUUAAACGACCUACAUGCUUCCAUUUUCCUCUCAUUUAAGUGACCUUAUUUGUGCGCGGUGUUUCACUUUUUCUAAUUUUUACUUAAAUGGACCAAGACCAAGUUAUGGCCUUCUUAAACUGUACUGUGGUUCCUGAGUAUGGGCUGAAUACUCUGGAUUCCAUUUUAAUGAUUGUGAAAUGGAAGUGAUGCAUCUGCAGGUAUUUUUGUCAAGAGAUUGCUGGGAAGUCAAAAGACCUCUCUCCUAGUGUAUGUGUUUGAUUUGUCAGUCAUUUGUCACAUGAAUAUAGCAAACACUGCUUUUCCUUAAAGCACCUAUUCACUACCAAUGCAGGGUCAUGACAUAUCUACUGUACUGUUAAGAAAAAAAAAAAUAAACCUGAAGGUUUUUCUUA